UUUACUACUAGUUAACACUGAGAUUUCAAUGUUGUAUGUUGUGCUGUGAUUUAAUUAUGUUAGAGAAAUUAAUUGUUGUUCUUAUAUUUUGUUGGAUUUACAGCGUAAAUAGCGGAGUAUUUAAACGCUCUACUUGUGAAGAGAACGAAAUUUAUGCUGAAUGUCACCUCUGUGGUCCAGAAAGAUGCUCCCAACUUGGGUUUCCAGCACCAUGUGGUGGCACCGCAUGUACGCCACGAUGUGUUUGUAUAGAUGGAUUUGUUCGAGAUGAUGAUGGAAAAUGCAUUCCCAAGAUGGAGUGCCCGUCAUGUGGUGGAGACAAAAACGCGAUUACCGGUUGCAGCAACCACUGUGGUAACAAAUGCUCCGACUUCCGGGAGGUAAAUAAAACCUGCCUCUCCGGAUGUCACUAUAACGGCUGCGAUUGCAAGCCUGGAUUUGUUUUUCAUGAAAAGGUGAACCACUGUGUUCUACCAAAUGAUUGUUAAAUGGCACGAGGCGACUCGGUUCAAGAAAGUUUGCGAAUUUUCUUGAUUAUUUCCAAAGAAAAUGGGCAAAAAAUUAAAUAUGCCAUAUUAUUUUUUAAAUAAUAAUUAAUAUUUAUGAUAAAUAUAAUUUUAAUAUAAUCAAAUUCCCUUUUAUUAGAAAUCUGGGUUUAUUUAGAGCCGUGAUAGGUUUAACUCUUGUGUGUCAAAUUCAAUACCUUGCCUGUUUUUUCCAUGCUAGUUUAUAAUUUCUAUGUAUAAAAUUGAUGUGUAUGUGUGUAACAUUUCUGUUUUAAG